AUGUGGAAACAGGCCAAGAGGCCCUCCCCAAAUCCUCAGUUCCUGGCCCUCAAGGCCUUGCACAUGAACUCUGUGCAGCUGCUCCUAGACCACGGUGCUGAUCCUAACCAGCGAGAUGGGCUGGGGAAUACGCCACUGCACCUGGCGGCCUGUACCAACCAUGUCCCUGUCAUCACCACACUGCUACGAGGAGGGGCCCGUGUGGACGCCCUGGACCGAGCUGGCCGCACACCCCUGCACCUGGCCAAGUCGAAGCUGAACAUCCUGCAGGAGGGCCAUGCUCAGUGCCUGGAGGCUGUGCGGCUGGAGGUGAAGCAGAUCAUCCAUAUGCUGAGGGAGUAUCUGGAGCGUCUAGGGCAACAUGAGCAGCGAGAACGCCUGGACGACCUCUGCACCCGUCUGCAGAUGACCAGUACCAAAGAGCAGGUGGAUGAGGUGACUGACCUCCUGGCCAGCUUCACCUCCCUCAGUCUGCAGAUGCAGAGCAUGGAGAAGAGGUAGCAAGAGAGGCUCCCUGCCUUCCUGUCACUGCCCCACCCUGCCCCACUGCUGUCUCAGUACCAAGAAAAAGCCCAGCAGCAUCUGGGACUUGGAGCUGCACAUGUCUGGUGAGGACCUUGCCCUCACCCACAGAUGCCAUGGGGCAGAGAUGCUCUUUCCACGGCCUCAGAGCCACUCCCAGCCACAGUCUCCAGCAUCUCUGUGGACAGGGAUCACAGCUCCCAGCUUCUUCCAGUUCCCGCAGCACCAGACCAGCCUCUGCAGCUGCACUUCAGCUCCGCAGACCUGCACUGUCCCAGCAGACCUCACUUGCCCCAUGGCCUUCAUGGCGCCUUCCAGGCCUCAAACCCUUCUCUGCGUUCCAUCCUGGCCACAGGCUUAUUGCAGUCAGCAGGUGUGGGCUUAGGCGGGUACCCUGUGGCCAUGGGGACUGCGUGGGGCCCUUAGUUGGUUCUGUGCCUCUCACCAGCACUUAGACACGUCACCAGACUUUCAAGGAGAUACUGCAGUGAGUUUCUCUGGUUGGAAGGGGAGGGAUGGUGAGUCCUAGACCUUAAAAAUACAAGGUUAAGAGGGAUCCCAAAGCAAAAAAUCCCAACCCUUUUCCUCCCAGUCAUUGAAACACCAAAACUAUUAUACCGGAGGGUGUAAUGGUUUUGCAGUCUGGUUGUGGUAGGCCAGUAGUGGCCCCCCAAGAUACCUAUGUCCUAAUCCCAGGAACCUGUCAAAAUUACCUUAUAUGGCCAUAGGGGCUUUGCAGAUGUAAUGAAGUUAAGGAUCUUUGGUCGGGAAGAUUGUCCCCGCUUGUCCAGGCAGGCUUGAUGUCCUCAUCUGGGUCCAUAUAAGAGCAGAGCAGGUGACGGGAGAGCAGGUGGGAGGUGUAGUGAUGGAGCAGGAAACUGGAGUUGAGGGCAGCUCAAACCGCGGAGUCCAGGCCACCUCAGAGCCAGGAAACACAUUCUCCCACAGAGCCCUGCAAGGCCCCAGCCCUGCUCCCACCUGGACUGGCUCAGUGAGGCUGAUUUUAGAAUUCUGGCUGAUUUUAGAACUCUUAAGGGAAUAAAUUUGUAUUGUUUUAAGUCAC